UAUUAUGAUAAAGUGUGCCCUGAGGCUUUACCCACUAUUAAACGACUCAUUGAGGCUGCCGUUUACAAAGAACGUCGCAUGGGUGCUUCUUUAUUACGUCUCCAUUUUCAUGACUGUUUCGUUAAUGGCUGUGAUGCGUCAGUUCUUUUGGAUCCUUCACCUACAAUUGAUAGUGAAAAGAAUGCAGUUGCUAAUGUAAAUUCUGCUAGAGGAUUCGAGGUUAUUGAUCAAAUUAAGCUGGAAGUAGAUAAAGUAUGCGGUCGCCCUGUGGUCUCCUGCGCUGAUAUUUUAGCUGUAGCAGCUCGCGAUUCUGUAGUUGCGCUAGGAGGACCAACAUGGACAGUGCAGCUUGGGAGAAGAGACUCAACUACAGCAAGCAGAACAAAAGCUAACAGAGACAUACCAUCACCCUUCAUGGACCUUCCUGCACUUAUUACUAACUUCAAAAACCAAGGUCUUAACAAGAAAGACCUUGUUUCUCUCUCCGGCGGCCAUACUAUAGGAUUUGCACGGUGCAUUGUUUUCCGAAACCGAAUUUACAACGAAGCUAAUACUAUUGACCCCAAAUUCGCAAGACAGCGCAGAUUAACAUGCCCACGCGUUGAUGGAAAUACAAAUCUUGCACCGCUAGAUUCAUCGCCUGCACAGCGCAGAUUAACAUGCCCACGCGUUGAUGGAAAUACAAAUCUUGCACCGCUAGAUUCAUCGCCUGCACGUUUUGACACUGCGUAUUUCACUGACUUGAUAAAUAAGAGAGGCCUUCUUCAUUCCGAUCAGCAGCUAUUUGUGGGCGGCUCAACUGAUGGAUUAGUAAAGACCUAUAGCUCAAAUGCUGAGAUUUUCUCUGCAGAUUUUGCUAAUUCUAUGGUUAAGAUGGGAAAUAUAAAGCCAUUGACUGGAAAACAAGGCCAAAUUCGUUGCAAUUGCAGGAAGGUGAAUUAGAUAUUUGGGAUUAUGAAUAUAUUAUUUUUAAAUUAUGGCUUCAAUUUAUUUCGUAAGAAAUAAAAAUUUGAUUGUUAAUUAAGAAAGCAUGCAUGCAUGGAAAUAUGCGUGGUGCAGAUUGUCUAUUGAAAUUUGUUAAAAGGCCGAAUAUAUAAAUAAAAUUACUUUUGUAUU